AUGGUGAAAGAAGGACCUUGCUACCACUGUGGAAUUAAGGAGACUCCAUUAUGGAGAAAUGGGCCAGAGGAAAAACCAGUGUUGUGUAAUGCUUGUGGAUCAAGGUGGAGGACUAGAAAAACCUUAGACAACUACAUUCCUAAGCAUGCCAUGAAAGAAUUGCAGGGCACUGAGACUGAUGAAGACUCGGAUUAUGACCCAAACCCAGGCUCUUCAUCAACUAAACUCACCACACAUGGUCCAAAUCAGUUGUCUUUUGAAAAUGCUCCGAAACGUAGAAGGACUGGUUUUGACCAACAUGCUCUUACACCAGUCGAACAAUUUAGCAAGCAAUUGCUUGACAUUGCGCAUGAACAACCCGAAGUAUAUCUCAAGAAACCGAAUGAUGGAGAUGUACUUAUUGAUCGAGCAGAUGUUGCUAAGUCCACAACACUCGGGACUGAUCUUGGUGCACUCCUUCUAGUUCCUCAACUUGAAACUCCCUCCAAUUUCAAGUCUGUUGAAACUAUGGAAACAAAAAUUUCAUCUGACGUGGCAAAAAGUAGUGAUGAUCAAGGAGAGCCGAAAUGA